AUGAACUCAUAUCCCGAUAUGCACGGUGCACUGGAGGCUCGUAAACAGCCGCAGGGCGGGCGUCGGCGCGUGUGUGCGCUGCACCCGGCGGCGCCGGCUCGUCUCGCCCUGCAUUAUUACUCAGCUCCCGCCACACGCCCGUCGCUCACCAACACGCACCCACACAGGCAAACGCUCGCCCGCGCGCCCACAUAUAAUGUCAAAGGUCUCCGUCGGCGGCGGCCCCACUCACCCCACGCGCCGCACAAAGACAAUAUCGCGACGUCAAAGGAGCGGGCGGCCCGCGGGCGGGUGGCGCUCACCGCCUGCCGCCCGCCGCCGCCUAAAGGAAAUGAAAAAUUAAAUUGUCAACACAUUUAA